AUGUCACCACUUAUUCAGACCACCUUCCAAGUUGUGAUUACAGCCCACAGCACCCUGGGUAUGACUGCAAGUGUCUUUAUUGUGGCUGUCGGCUUGAUAAAGUGGGUGAAAGGGAAAGGGUGGCCCACUUGUGAAGUCAUCCUGAUGUGCCUUAGUAUGUCUCGGAUUGUCCUUCAGGGAACCAUCCUGCACUCUACGUUUCUCCCCAAGUUAUACCAGUGGAAUGUACUCAGCGUGCCUUCAGUCCUUCUGGUGCUGGCCAGCACAGCUCUUUGGUUUGCUGCCUGCCUCAGUGCCUUCUAUUGUGCAAAAAUUGCCACUUUCACUCAACGGUACUUUCUCCUCCUGAAGCUGAGAAUUACAGAGAGGGUUCCAAUGCUUCUUCUGGGGUCGGCAUUGGUCUCUUUGAUUUCAUGCCUCCCUUUCAUCUGGGUGGAUUAUAGCAUCCAGCUGUGCAACUCAACCGGGAGCCAUCUGAAGAAGGUCACUAUUGAAAACCCCAUGGGAAACAUCUCCCAUCUGAAAGUCUUCCUCGUGUAUCUGACUUGGGCAGUCAUCCCCCUUCUGCUGUUCCUGGCAUCAUCCACCUUGUUAAUUGCAUCUCUGUGGAGGCACACCAAGCAGAUGAGACAGAGCUCAAUGGGUUUCAAGGAUACAAGGACGGAGGCUCACAUCGCUGCCAUUAAAUCUCUGAUCUCUUUCCUAAUACUCUACAUCUGCAGUUUUGUAGCCAACAUGCUUCCUGGGAUUCCUUCUUGCUGAACUAGCAGCAAAUGGAAAGAAAACAUCUGUUUGCUUGUGACUGCUGUGUGCCCUUCAGUCCAUUCCAUUCUGUUAAUUCUCUUUCAUUGGAGACUGAAGCGAGCCCUCCAAAGCGUUCUGCUUUACAUGGUAUGCCAUUGGAAAAAAGACGAUUCCUAA